UGAGUGCUUAUAUGGUGUGUUGUGUAAUGUGUGGAUGAUGACAUUUUAAAUCAAAUCAAUCGAACAGAAAAGUCAUCCCACUAUCCCGAUUCCAAUCAAUCAAUAAAUCAAUCCAUCCAUCCAUCAAAUCAUCGAUGCCAAAAUAAUCAUUUUUUUCAUUAGACUAACUAACGAAAAACUAACUUAAAAAAAACGAAACGAAAGAAGCAAAGAAAUGACAUUACCUCGUAUAUUUUAUAUUUUAUUUUUAUUUGUAUUUUUUACCUUGACUAUAAUUUUUACUAAUUAUCAUAAUCUAUCAUCAUCUAAACAAGAUGAUGAUGAUCAGCAACGAGAACGAUAUAAAUAUGAAGUUAUUAAUGAUAAUAACAACAAUUUUGUUGUUGUUAACAAUCAACAACAACAACAACAACAAAAUAAUAAUACAAAAUUAUUUAUGACAAUUGAAAAAUUACAGAAUGAAAUUGAACAGCUACGAUCACGUUUAGAAAUGAUUGAAUCAAAGAAUGUUGUUGUUGUUGAUGAUGAUCAACGAAAUCGUCAUUCGGAUAAAUCAUCAUCGAAUAGAAAAUAUUUUCAAAAAACAAAAUCAUUACCAUAUUCAGAAAAGAAAAGAAUUUUGAUUACAGGUGGUGCUGGUUUUGUUGGUUCACAUCUGUUGGAUCGUUUAUUAUUUGAUGGUCAUGAGGUUAUUGUUGCUGAUAAUUUUUAUACAGGACGACGUUCAAAUAUUGAACAUUGGUUUGGUCAUCCAAAUUUUGAAUUAUUACAUCAUGAUAUUGUUAAUCCAUUAUAUGUUGAAGUUGAUGAAAUUUAUCAUUUAGCAUCACCUGCAUCACCACCACAUUAUAUGAUGAAUGCAGUGAAAACAAUUAAAACAAAUACAAUGGGUACGAUAAAUAUGUUGGGCCUAGCAAAACGUGUUGGUGCACGGAUUCUUGUUGCAUCAACAUCAGAAAUUUAUGGUGAUCCAUCAGUACAUCCACAAUCCGAAUCAUAUUGGGGUAAUGUUAAUCCAAUUGGUCCUAGAUCUUGUUAUGAUGAAGGUAAACGUGUUGCUGAAGCAUUAACAUAUGCAUAUGCUAAACAAGAAAAUUUAAAUGUACGUGUUGCACGUAUAUUUAAUACAUAUGGACCACGUAUGCAUGCUAAUGAUGGCCGUGUUGUAUCGAAUUUUAUUAGUCAAGCAAUACAACAUAAACCAUUAACAAUUUAUGGUAAUGGUAAUCAAACACGUUCAUUUCAAUAUAUAUCUGAUCUUAUUGAAGGUUUAGUACGUUUAAUGAAUAGUAAUUAUAGUCAACCAAUUAAUCUGGGUAAUCCAGAUGAAUUAACAAUUGAAAAUUUGGCUAAAAUUAUAUUGAAUUUAGUACAUAGUGAUAAUCAAAAUGACAGCAAAGAACAACAACCUGAUAAUCAUCAUAAAUAUAUUGAUUAUCAAUCAGCUAAACAAGAUGAUCCAAGAAGACGACGUCCAGAUAUAAAUUUAGCAAAUUCAAUAUUAAAUUGGUAUCCAAAUAUAACAUUAAUAGAUGGUUUAUCGAAAACUAUUGAUUAUUUUCGUUUUGAAUUAAAACGAUCAUUAGGUGGUUGAUUUUU